UUUCAUUUCAGCUUAAAAUUUUUAUUAAUUUUUUUUAAAUACAAUAUAUAUAGAAUGUUAAUAUUGAUUCUAAAAAUCAAAAUAAACAAAAGUUAUAUAAUAUAAGUUUGUUAUAUAAUAUAAGAUAAAAAUAAUAGUGACGGCGAUAUAACGGAAACAGAGUGAUCUCAUUUUAUUUUUAUCUUAUUUUAUUUAAUACAAAUUUCAAUUGCUUGUAACUAAUAAAUAAAUCCUAAUUAAUAUUUUUUAUAUCAACUUUUACGUUUAUUUUUUCGAUAUUUUCAAAAGUAUCACACGAAUAUAUUAACACCCUGUAUAUUCGCUAUACCAACAUCCAGAUGUCUUACCGACAUCUAGUGUUCAUAAAAAGAAUUAUAUAAUAAAAUACGUAAUAAAAUCAAAAUAAACAGAAAUUAAUCAAUUAGCAUUAAUUUUAGAAGUAUAAAACAAUAAAUAUAAAGAUAGUUCGUAUAUUAUAAAAUAUAAUCUUUCACAUAAAAUAAUUUAGUUAAUUAAUCUUUAAAAAUAUUCAAUGCCUAAAUUAUAAAUAAAAUUUAUCAUAUUUAAAUCAUAUAUAUUUAUAAUAUAAUAUUACUAAUUUUUAUUACAUUAUUAUGUUAAUUUGAUAAACAUAUUUGCGAUUAUUUUUAUAAAAAGAAGAUAUUCACGCAUGCGCAGCAAAUGUUGAUAUGUCUGGUCAUGCUUCGUAGCUCUCAGGUGCGUGCGCAUCUCGGCGCGACUCGCGGCUUUCAGGAAAAAAUUGAACGUACCAUUCGCCAGUAAACUGUGAGACUUCCAGCGAUUCGUCAGGUGAAAUGUUGUGUGAUUAUUAAAUUUCUCUUUUUAAUUGUAUCAUCGAAUAUCUUAACUAUACAAUUAUUCAUCGAAAUUAUUUACUUUUCCGAAAGAUUUUAGUCACUUUGACCAUUGUUAACUGUCAAAUUAUCAAAAAUACUACAGUGCGUAUUAUCUAAUUUCUCUUGCAAUUUAUUGUUAGUCGUAAUAGUAAAAAAGAGACAUCGCAACAGCCAUGGAUAUUAGUCAACUACGAAUUACGAAGUAAAUCUGGUAUUCAUGUAAGACUAAUCGAUUUGAAUCGUGUAGUCUAAUGAGUAUUUGUCAUCAUAUCAAAAAUGCAGGUUAUUAUUGUAUUAUCAAAAAUAUAACACAGAUUUCAUUAUGAAUUAAAUAUCAUAGUACAAGAUUGUGAUAUCAAGAAACAAAAAUAGUAAUUAUCAUAGUAUAAAAUACCUGACAACAAGAGAAUUAGAGUGAUUGCGAGAGUGUUAGAUAAUAAACAAUUAUUCGAUGAUUAAUACUUAUGUUUUGCUGUGAUGCGAAUAAUAUUAUGAAAUACAAAAUUAAAAUAUCAUAAUUCCCCCGAAAAACGCGCAGUGAAGUUAGCUCGGUGGAUGUCAUUGACCGCCAUAUUCAGGACAGUCGUCCGAGACAGUUUCGAAAAAAAAGUUGGAAGGUGAAGUGAUAAGAGUGUCGAAAGGUUAAGUCUCUAAUAACUAGACUGUGCGUUGAACAUAUUACGCAUAAGAAUCAGUAAAACCGACACAAUAGAAAACCUAAGAUGGAGUUCAAGUUCAACGUAAAUAAACUUUUACCUAGAAAGAUCAACAAGGUCACGCAUACUCUCAUUCCAGAAGAUUUCAAAGGUGAUCGUCGUGAAUUAAACGAAUGUCAAAGACAAUUGAGCAGAAUUCUUGAUGAUAUGGGAGAGGCUUCUGCCAGGGCUCAAGGUCUGAAUAAGCCAAUAACUAGCGCCUUAAAACUUCGAGAUACGGAUCAUAUAGUUUAUUUAUUAAUGGAUAAUGAAGCUAAUAACGGACUGGGCAGUGUAAUAGGACUGUUAAAAACUGGAUCGAAAAAUCUCUUCAUGUUCGACGAGACUGGCGCUCAUUAUCAAUUAAAGCCUAGAUGCAUUCUGGACUUUUAUAUUCAUGAAUCACGACAACGCAUGGGCCUUGGAAAUAUUCUCUAUCAGCAUAUGCUUUCCGAAGAGAAUAUUAGACCGGUGAAAUUAGCAAUCGAUAGACCUUCAGAGAAAUUUUUAGCCUUUUUAAGCAAACAUUAUGCUCUUACAAAGAUUAUUCCACAGAACAAUAAAUUUGUCGUUUUUCAAGGAUUUUUUGACGACGAACAUCAGGAUGUGAGAACUAAUAGAUACAGCUUGCCUCCAAAAAAUUCGAUUGAUAUCGGUGCAUCGAACGCCAUACAUAAUAACAUUGCAAAGAGUAAUUCUAGUUUGAAUGGUGUUUCUUACUCUUCCACUAUUUCACGCACUUCAUUUGGUAGAUAUGCUGCAGCACGACCGCCUUGUUCCAUGGCCAAUAUAAUCCAUAAUACUACCGUGCUUGGUUCAUCUGCCGAGCGUACUGGUGAAAAAUCGAGCACUUUGGCUACAAUACAACUGAAACCAGAACGACCACGGUCAUUGAGUCUUUAUUCGGAAGAAGAACAGAAGCAACGUACAAAUGAAUUGUCAACAGUACCAACACCUGCUUUACCCGAUUAUCAACCAAGUCCUCUAGUUACGAUUUUACGGGAAACAGAGAAAACUGAAAAAAAUGUGAAAUCCUCACCUUCAUGUAGCCAAGAAGUAGCUGGUACCAAUCAACACAGUCGAUUAGAUUUAAAAUUCUAUCAUUCCCCUUUAUGGUAAAUAAUAAAAUUGAGACAAUGUUUGAAUUAUAUUGAAAAUUAUACUGUUUAUAUAUGCAAUAAGAUUAUAAAGCUUUACUUCUCAGAAUAAAAUAUCAGUGAAAAAAAAAUUUUUAAAUUUGAUGAAAACUGAAAAAAUAUAGCACUUAAGAUAAAUACAUUAUUAAUGAAAUUUAUAUAAAAAAAAAAAGUAAAAAGAAAUAUAGAUCAUAGUUAAUAAAAAAGAUUUUUUUUCUAUCAAUCAAUCACAAAAUUAUUAUUGAUUAUUGUUAAUUUAUAUAUAAUAUACAUUGUACUAAAUAAAAAAAUAAAGAAAUUUUCUAAUAUUUGAUUAUUUUUAUUUAAUUAAUUUUAUAAAUUUUUAAAAAGAAAUCAUAAAAGUUAUACAUUUUAAAAAUGAAAUUUUAUAUCUGUGACGAUGAUCAUUUUUUGUAUUUUUUCGAACUUCAAACUAGAUUUAAUGUACAACUGUAGAUUUAAUGUUAUAUUAAGAAAAAAAAAUAAAAAAACAUUAUUUAUAUA